AUCAUGCGGCUCAUAUGAGCGGCUUUCACAAAGUAACUCUGAAAGAAAAUUUGUUUGAUAUGGGCCGUGUGCUUAAUGGGGAACACCCAUCGAUUCAUGCUACAGAGGGGAUUGUGAAUUCACACGUGAACACAUAUUUCGAACAACGAGUGAGCGCUGUCUCUUCUGCUAUCCACUCUAGUUCCUAUCCAUGAAGAAACGUCUUUCCAUUCCCUUCUUUCCUAAUUCUAGGAAAGAGGGAAAACGUGUCGGCUGGUCAUUCAAGAAAUUCGACCCGGUAACAUGCAAAUCUAGCCUGAAGAUGGCAAUGAGCAGGGCGCGGAUGAACCAGAAUAGGUUGCAAAACUCCAUCAGAAUACAACGCUCCGAAAUCGCCACUCUGAUCAGUGAAGGUAAAGAAGAGCGCGCUAGGUUGAAGGCUGAACAAAUGCUUCGCGAGUGUCGACUCGAGAGAGCCAUGGACAUUCUGUAUACUCUGUGCGAGCUAAUCGUCACCCGAAUGAACUACCUGACUUCAGAGAAAUGCUGUCCAUCCGAUCUGCUCUCUGCAGUUCACAGCGUGCUCUACUACGUUGAGGAACUGAAGAUAGUCAGAAGGCAGUUCACCAUCAAGUACGGACAACAGUUUGUCGAGGAGGCUGUCAAAAAUGCUAAGCAGGAAGCACAUUUCAAGCUGGUGCAUUCGUUGUCGCUGGCACAACCGGUCGAGGUGGAGAUUUUGGAAGUCCUAAAAAGCGUUGCCGAGGAGUAUGGUGUUACCACUCGUUUAUUAGGGUCGCACGUAGGCGAUUUACAGAAAGCUUCAUCUCCAAAGUCAGUCGGCUUCCUCCCACGGCCCACUUCAGCGUGCCUACGCUAUCCGCCACCCCAACAGGAUACUCCGCCUUUCGCCCGUACAAAUGCAUUACAAAAUCACUUCGGCAUUGGAGGAAUCCCACAGCCCGCCCCUGCGUCUCCGUCAUCCUACGGCGAUUUUCUUUCCGUUCUCCCAUCAGAGAAUCACGAACAUAACCAGGAAACCUCUGGUGUGAAACAGGAACGAGCGUUUUGGCGCCCUGCACCACCCGAGUCCUCUCUUGAUCAGAGGAAAAAUUCGAGUUUUGCCUCCAGUGACUUUUCCUCUUUUUCCCCUCACCCUGCUGUCGACCGCCAGGGCAAAACUGUACCCAACGUGUCAACGGCUCCAAAGAAUCACGGAAUUCUUGGCAUUCUUUGCGGACCAAGACUAGACGUUGUCGGUGGAUUCCCGUCACUCGCACCUCCGCCACAGUAUCCAGCGUCACUCGCAUUCCACACUCUGACUUCCACGCCGGAUGGAGUGACCAGGCCAACUCCGAGAGCACCAAACGAUUUGCCGAGUGCACCAGCAAAACCGUUUCACAAGUGGCGGGCGAACGGAGAAGAAACAGCCUCGAUUGCAGUUGGUAGUGUUUGUCAAAGAAUACAAGGGGAGAGCGAAAGGCCGGACAAGCAUGACAACCUUAAUACAGAACACAAAAACCAUCAGAAAUACAGACGAGACGGCAACGGUAAGACAGAACACCAAACCGAUGAGUGUGACAAAGACAAGACGAGUCGUGAAAACGAUCAAGAUGAAAACAAACGAAAUGAAAUUUUUUUUAAAGCUCAAGGAAGUAACACGGGAACUGGGGGUGCAGUGAAACCGAGUCCAACAUUUACCUGCCCCAUCGUCGCUAAAAAUGCGUUUGAAAGAGUGUGCUUUCCAGAGCAAUCGGCUUCUCCCCGUGUAGCUUUUCCCGACUCUCCAGGUCGAAGUGCAUUUCCCAGAUGAAAAUGACUUCUGGCUUUUGGCUUGUUCCAUCCAGUCUCGUUUUCGUCCUUCUUGUUUCGUGCACCUGUCCUCUUGGCUUUCUCUACAGAACAACGGCGUCCAAUGUUUGAGCUAAACCUCCAUAGCAUCACGCAGUCCCCAUAUAUUUACGAAUGGACACUUGCCCUGGCACAGCCCAGACGCUUGCUUUCAAGUGUCAAUAUGUAUAUCCACUUCAGUUUAUUGAUAUCUCCCUCGCUCGUAACACGCAAACAUUUGACCAGAAGCGUCAUUUCCGACAUGCCAAGGGCAGCAAACAUUCCAGAUUCUAGU